CAGCCGGAGGCAGGAGUCCGGGCUCGGGCAGUGAGCUGGGUAGAGCCAAGCGCCACCGCCGCACUCACUCCGCCAGGACCCGCCGCAGCCUCCCAGCGCGCCCCCGCACGGAGCUGAGCGAGGAGCCGGUGGGGCAAGGGGAGCUGCGGAGCCCGCAGGGGGCAGGCGAGGGACCGACGGACGGACGCAGCCUCCCGGAGGGGCGCGGGCGGAGCCGCUGCCGCCGCUCCUUGGAGCAGAAGUUUGGCUGGCGCCGCAGAGAGAAAACUUUUCUCUGGGAGGCGGGGGCGGCAGACAGGAGCCGACGCUGGGCUGGUUCGGGCCGGACUUUGGGAUCCGUGACCUAACGCGGGGGCUUCUGUGCGGCUCCCCCGGGCCGGCCCGGGCGGCGGCGGCCGGGAUGUACCUGGCAGCGGUCUUGGCGGGGAGGAGGCGCCCGGGCGGCAGCGGCUGGCACCUGGGGGCGGGCUGGCUGCUCCUAGUGCUGCUGGGCGAGUCCGGGACCCGGGCGCUCGUCUGCCUCCCCUGCGACGAGUCCAAGUGCGAGGAGCCCAAGAGCUGCCCCGGCAGCAUCGUGCUGGGCAUCUGUGGCUGCUGUUUCAUGUGUGCCCGGCAGCGCAACGAGAGCUGCGGGGGCGUAUACGGGCUGCACGGAGCCUGCGACCGCGGGCUGCGCUGUGUCAUCCGCCCCCCGCUCAACGGGGACUCCAUCACCGAGUACGAAGUGGGCGUCUGCGAAGAUGAAAAUUGGGAUGAUCAGCUGCUUGGAUUUGAACCUUGCAAUGAAAACCUUGUAACAGGUUGCAACAUAAUCAAUGGGAAAUGUGAAUGUGACACCAUUCGCACCUGUAGUAAUCCAUUUGAGUUUCCAAGCCAGGAUACUUGCCUGUCAGCUUUAAAAAGGAUUGAAGAAGAGAAACCUGACUGCUCCAAAGCCCGCUGUGAGGUCCAGUUUUCUCCUCGCUGUCCAGAAGAUUCCAUUUUGAUUGAAGGUUAUGCUCCUCCAGGGGAAUGCUGUCCACUUCCAAGCCGCUGUGUGUGCAACCCUGCAGGUUGCUUGAGGAAAGUUUGCCAACCAGGCUACUUGAAUAUAUUGGUUUCUAAAGCAUCAGGGAAACCAGGGGAGUGCUGUGAUCUCUACGAAUGUAAACCAGUUUUUAGUGUGGACUGCAGCACAGUGGAAUGCCCUCCUGUUCAACAAGUUGUUUGUCCACUGGAUAGCUAUGAAACCCAAGUCAGGCUAACGGCUGAUGGCUGCUGUACUCUUCCCACAAGAUGCGAGUGUCUCUCUGGUUUAUGUGGUUUCCCCAUGUGUGAGGCAGGCUCCAUUCCCCAAAUAGUCUCACAUGGAGACGGAACACCCGGCAAGUGCUGCGAUGUCUUUGAAUGUGUCAACGAAGUGAAACCAGCUUGCAUAUUUAACAGUGUGGAGUAUUAUGAUGGAGACAUGUUUCGAAUGGAUGCCUGUCGUUUCUGUCGAUGUCAAGGUGGUGUCUCGAUUUGUUUCUCAGCCCAGUGUGGCGAGCUGCACUGUGACAGGUACUAUGUGCCAGAAGGAGAGUGCUGUCCAGUCUGUGAAGAUCCAAUACAUCCAGUUAAUAACCCUGCUGGCUGCUAUGCCAAUGGUCAGAUCCAAGCACAUGGAGAUCGAUGGAGAGAAGAUGACUGCACUUUCUGCCAGUGUAUCAAUGGAGACCCACACUGUGUGGCAACAGCCUGUGGACAGAGUUGCCUGAAUCCUGUUAAGGUACCUGGGGAAUGCUGCCCAGUGUGUGAAGAACCAACGUACAUCACAAUAGGUCCAUCCACAUGUGAGAUUUUGGUGAACUGCACUUUGACUGAGAGAGACUGUAUAUAUAGUUUCAGACUGGACCAAAAUGGUUGCCGCAUUUGUCAGUGCAAAACUAGAGAGGAGCUGUGUACUGGCCUCAUAUCAGGGUGUUCCUUGGACUGUUCCUUCGGUUUCCAGACUGAUGUCCACAACUGUGAGAUCUGUCAGUGCCGUUCAAGGCCUAAGAAAUGCAAACCCAUAGUAUGUGACAAGUACUGUCCAUUUGGAUACUUGAAGAACAAGCAUGGCUGUGACAUCUGUCGUUGUAAGAAAUGCCCAGAACUUCCUUGUGGUAAGAUCUGUCCAAUGGGCUUCCAGCAGAAUAAUCAUGGUUGUCUUCUCUGUAAGUGCAGAGAGAUACCAGAUUCUGUUAUGCCACCAGUUAAAACAGGCUCUUGCCUGUCAAUGGAUGGGCGUCGUCAUGAGAAAGAGGAGAGCUGGCAUGAUGGCUGCCGAGAAUGUUAUUGUCACAAUGGACGGGAGAUGUGUGCCUUGAUCACUUGCCCUGUACCUAACUGUGGCAACCCUACCAUACAUCCAGGACAAUGUUGUCCAUCAUGUCCAGAUGAAUCUAUUGUGCAGAAGCCAGAGCUCAGCAAUCCAUCUAUCUGCCAUGCUCCAGGAGGAGAGUACUUUGUAGAAGGAGAGACAUGGAAUAUUGAUUCCUGCACGCAGUGUACAUGCCAUAGUGGACGCGUUCUGUGUGAAACUGAAGUCUGCCCACCUCUUCUUUGUCAAAACCCCAUCCGUACACAGGAUUCCUGCUGUCCACAGUGCCCAGAUGAACCUCUUCAGCCUUCCUCUUCGAGCAAUGAAAGCAUGCCCAGUUACUGCAAAAAUGAUGAAGGAGAUAUUUUCCUGACAGCUGAGUCCUGGAAACCCAAUGUCUGUACUAGUUGUAUUUGCAUGGAUGGUGUGAUUAGCUGCUACUCCGAAUCUUGCCCACCAGUAUCCUGUGAGAGACCUGUUUUGAGAAAAGGACAGUGUUGUCCUUAUUGUAUAGAAGAUACAAUACCAAAGAAGGUGGUUUGUCACUUUAGUGGAAAAACAUAUGCAGAUGAGGAACGUUGGGACAUUGACAGCUGCACACACUGCUACUGCCUGCAGGGUCAGACCCUUUGCUCCACUGUCAGUUGCCCCCCUCUACCCUGUGUAGAACCCAUCAACGUUGAGGGAAGUUGCUGUCCCAUGUGCCCAGAGAUGUAUGUACCUGAGCCCACCAACAUCCCUAUUGAGAAGACAAAUCAUCGAGGAGAUGCUGAACUAGAAGCACCAAUUUGGCCUACACCCAGUGAAAAUGAUAUUGUCCAUCUCCACAGAGACAUGAGUCAUCUUCAAGGAGAUUUCAGAGAAGGCAUUGGACUACACUCCAGUGAAGAUACAUCUCUCAACUCUGUUGCCUGGGUGACAGUUCCCAUCAUGACAGCCCUGGUUCUUAUUAUAGCCCUUCUGCUUGUCAAUCAGAAAAAGCAGUGGAUACCAGUGUCCUGCUACAGAGCCCCAACAAAGCCUUCUUGCCUAAACAAUCAGCUGGUAUACGUGGAUUGCAAGAAAGGUACCAUGGUCCAGGUGGACAGUUCUCAGAGAAUGCUAAGAAUUGCUGACCCAGAUUCAAGAUACAGUGGAUUCUACAGCAUGCAAAAACAGAACAACCUGCAGGCAGAUAAUUUCUAUCAAACAGUUUGAAGAAUUGCACCUUUGCCAAGGAUUUGAGAAAGAAAGAAAGCGAGAGACUAAGUCUGCUAUUAAAAUAAAACUAGAAUUGUGCACUUGCUUAGUGGAUUGUAUUGGAUUUGUGACUUCAUGUACAGUCUAAGACCUUACUGGGAUGGGCUCUGACUCCUGCAAUGUGCCAGAACAAACAUUCCCACUUUUCCUUGCGAUAACUGACCAAGAGUUUUCUUAGAACCAAAGUUUUAAAACUUGUUAAGAUGUAUUUGCUUGUAACAUAGCUAUAGAGAUUGUUUGGGUGGGUGAAUUUGGGGUUGGGUGGUGAAAUGAGAGAAAGCUUCAAAGAAAGAAAAGCUGGUCAAGCUUGGCUCGGGGAGAGAACAAAUAAAGAAUAUUGCCAAGCAUCAGGAUGGUGGCUUUUCUUGUUGCUCUGAAACUGCAUUUGUUGCAGCAAAGCCUAACCCCACAUGGAAACAGAAAACAGAGGUCUGAUUUUUUUUUUCCCCAGCUGUUGCUACAAAAGUAUACUCCUAGAACAGAACCUGUCAUGUCACAGGUAUGGUGUAGCUGCAUAUAUUUUUCUAUAUGACAAGAAGCUGCAGUAGUUAAUGAAUAGCAAGGAAAAGGUUAUAGCAGAAUAUAAAGGGUGGGUUUAUUAAGGAUGUAUAAAAUUAUACCUUGUGCUGCUUUUUGUUUUAAUUUUGUUUUCUGCAGAGCUGAUUGGCCAGAUUUUGGCAGAGUUAGCAAAUGACUGAGGCCUAAAUAAUUCCUGAUAUGAGCACUGGAUCUUUUGAGGGCAGUAUUGAAGGAAGGAAGGGAAAGUCAAGAACACCAUGCAGUUCCAGGGGCUUUUGUUUGUUGUGUUUUUGUUUUGUUGUUAAUCUCUGGUUGUUCGGACAAUUUCAGUGGAGGAGAAGGAAAAAUAUUUUUGUUGGACAAAGCUCUUGCUUAAAUGAAAGAGUAAAAAAGAGACUGUUUUAAGGUUUUUCCUGUUCUUAUUUACUGGUUAUGCAGAUUAGAAACUACUUCCAUGCUAGGAAGCUACUUAAUUUUAAUUGUGUAUUACUCAAGCACCUUUUUUGAAGCUCAGAAAAAAGGAGAUCAUGCUUCUUUAAACAUUAGCAUUAUAGGAAUAUUUAUGUAAAUAUAAUUAUGCUAAAAACAACAAAGUAUUUGUAUGUCUGUGUGUAUAUAUGUGCAUAUAUAUAAUGUGUGUGCAUACACACAAACACACUAUAUAUGUAUAUGUGUA